AGGGAGGCGGCCUCCCGAGCGCGCGCGCGCGCGCCUGCGCCUGCGGCCACUGCCGCCGCCCAGCGCACCGCGCACAGAGGCGCGGGCGCCGCCCGCCUUCGCGCCGCCGCGAUGGGCGGGAGGCCGUGGCUGGAGAGGGCCGACCUGCAGCGCGCGCAGGAGCUGCUGUUCGCACUGCCGCCCGCAGGGGAGGCGGACGAGGCGCGGUGGGGACAGCGGAUUUGGAGGAAGCACUUCAGGGCGGUGGCGUCGAGCCUCAGGGAGCGCUUGGAGCGGGCGGGGGACGCCGAGCACGGGCGCUGCGAGGAGGGCUGCCUCGCCAAGCUGCAGCUGCUCGACGUGGUGGCCGAGCGGUUCCUCGGGGAACCAGCAGGGCACGCGGAGCGCGCCCGCGAGCUCGACCCCGCGCUCGCCGACGCCAUGGCCCGGCUGCGGGCUCACGAGGCUGACCUCUUCCGCGCGGCACUGCGGCUGGCGCCCGCGGGCGGUGAGCUGUCCCUGGGGCCCGCGGGUGGCGCGGGCGGCGUCCUCGCCUGCGCCGCCGCGCGGCCGGCGGCGGCGCCCCUCGGCAGCGCUGAGCCCGCGCUCGCCGAGCCCGCGGCGCCGCGAGGCAGUCGAGGAGAGCGCGGCAGAGGGCUUCUCCGCCUCGGCGUCGCCGGCCUCUGCAGCGGAGCGCAGGGGAGGACCAUCCGGGCCCUGUACCUCUCGAAGCAGGAACACGACAGGCAGGCCCUCCCGACGGACCGGCCCGAGACCAUGGAGCGCCACCUCUUCCGGUACCUGGGGGAGCGCCACCGCGGCCAGGAGGCCCGCGACCGGGCCGCGGCUAUCGUGAGCGCCGUCCAGAAGUACGCGGGUAAGGACGUCGAGGUCGCCAUCUUCGGGAAGAUCCUCCAGAACAGGCUCCCAGAGCAGCCGUUCAUCCACGUGGACGUGAUCCAGGAGCACGUGGAGGAGAAGCUUGGCGAGUUCCUGCGCCAGGACCCGCAGUACCGAGAGGCGUUGCCCCGCGAGGGGGCAAUGAAGGACCUCCGAAGGUGCGGAGUGCCGCUCGAGUGCUGCGUGGGCAUCGCGCAGGACAUGUACGACGAGAAGGACUACGAGCUAGUGAUGCGCAGGCUGGGGCAGCUGGUGCCCAGGAUCGCCGAGGCGAGGGCCCAGGGCAACGGGAAGUUCCUCGUCCCCUUCAAGAGCUUCCUGCAGAGCCUGCAGCUCGUCUGGGUCCACCGCCGCGAGUGCCAGCUGCAAAGGUUUGCGAGGGUCUUUGGGGAGCUGGACCAGGACGGCGACGGGGUCCUCAGCGGUGGCGAGGUCCAGGACCUGGCCGCGAGGCUGGCCGACGCGGAGCGGAGCGCGCCCGCCGACGGCGCGUCGGACUGCGACGAGGAGUCGCAGGAGGCCGAGGAGGCGAUCAUCGCGGAGCUGCAGGCGGCGUGCGGGGAGCUGCUGCCGGAGCUCCAGGGCUGCCGCGGUGCCACGUUCAGCCAGUGCGUGGAGAUGUUCCGGGACGUCAUCAGCUUGUGCCAUUCCCUGGACGAGUUGCAAGCGAGCUUGCGGUGUGGGGCAUAGGCUCGGGACAGGGAAGUAUCUAUCCGCCACCACCAUGGCUCCGCGGGCGUGAUUUGGGACCAUGGGUAGUUGGCCGUGGUCAAAGACAGUUGUUUCUAACCAUACUGUGUUGAGUUGGCUCCUCGUUUUGAAUCAGCAGCGCCAGGCGUCUCCUUUCUUACAUCCGUCCCUCUUCCCCC